GCUGUGACGCGCUUGUCGGUUGGGUUGUUUUGGUUUGUGCUGUGCAUUUUUAGGCUGGUGGGACUCCGUGCGUGUGAAUUGUGUAAAUCUCUUAUCUUUUGCGCCCAGGACAUUUUCUGGAGCCACCAUGGCCUUCUGGUUUCAUCGAAACCCUUUGAAAGCCACCGGCAUUGUCAACUUUGACCUCAAAAUGCUUGCCAUGGACAGCCAAGCACUGAAGCUCUGCAGUGACCUGCGUCUGGCCAGAAACCACCUACUCGACUUGCUGACAGACCCUUUAAAUGACAUCGGCACAAUUGAAACGGCCCUGAACACUUACCUGGCACUCUUUGCUGGCAUGAUCCUGGCCCCCGACGAAAAGGGAGGGGAGAGCAAGCUGAGAAACACCACAAGGUUUCGCUGGACCCAGACCAUGCUGGGACAAACACCACUUGUGCAGUCGGAUGCAGUCUUUGAGCUGGUCUCAAUCUGCCAAAAUGUGGGGAUUUGGCAUAUGAAGCAUGCGUCGUCCAUUGCCGCCAAGGAGGACAUCAACAUGGAUGAAGCAAAGGAUGUCCACAAGUGUCUCAGGAAAGCUGCUGGCUACUUCAGUGCAAUGAAGGACAAGUACGUAGGACAACUCAGGGAGCAGCCAGUGCCAGGAUCAGAUCUGGACUCACGAGUGUCAACUGCCUACAUCAACCAGUGCACUGCUGAAGCACAGGAAGUGACCAUUGGCCGAGCCAUUGAGAUGAAGCACGCCCCAGGACUCAUCUCUGCUCUUGCUCACGAGACAUCAAAGAUGUACACUUCGGCAGCGGAUUCCCUUGCCAGUCUUGAAGCAUCGAAGUUUGGACGUUGGAGGAAAUUUCUCAUUCUCAAGGCCGUCUUUUAUCUCUCCUAUGCCUACUGCUACGCGGGAGAAAACUUGUUGGCACAGGAGAAGUGUGGAGAUGCAAUCAGAGCCUUGCAGGAAAGCCACAAGUGCUACCAGGAUGCCCUGCAGAUCUGCAGGCAGUACAGUACCAUGAAGGGGCCUGGCUCUGCAGCUAAGAUUGACCAGCACCUUUUCUUCCGCAAGCUUGCACCCUUGGUGAAGCGGACACUCGAGAAGUGCGAGCGAGAGAAUGGCUUCAUAUUCCACCAAAAGGUGCCCAAGGACGCGCCAGAACUGGAAAUGCGGGCCACGUAUGGCCUCGUGAGCCCUGAGGAAUUCCAGAUGCCCACUCACGACAAAGCCUGGACUCCAGUUGUCUACGCUGCUUUUUAUGUACAGUCCAGCAGCGCUCCCGACCCUGCAAACUCGAAGGCAGCUGUCAAGGCUGAAGGUGAUCUCCCAGCAGUGCAAGAGAAGACUGCGUCCCACUCCUCUGCUGACCCAAAAACAGAAAGCGGAUGUGUCUUACAGUGAAGCCGGAUUCCUGGGUCCCAAGGGCCAAUGCCCAGCAGUGCAUUGCUUGGCUAUGUAAAAUAGAGAUGUUUAAUAUAUGCAUGUUUCUGUAAAUGAGCACUUAAGCAGAGGUCCUAUUAUAUGCAAGCAUAUGCACUAUCCUCCUGGACAGCUCAAUCGGCGUAAUUGGUGUGGUGCGUUUAGAGCCCUUUGGCAUUUUUUUAUUACCUCUCACAAACUUCUUGUUCCUUUAAUACGAGUGAUUUCUAAGGAAUCAUACACAGUGAAACACUAGGUAGAACAAACAUAUGAAGACUUCAAAUGUGUCUUAAAGGGGCCAUGACACCAAAUCGCCGAGCUUGAAGUAUGCAUUGCACGUUAAUUCAAGUAAGUUCCACAGCAAGCUGGCAAAAUUUGAUCACUUUCGGUGAGGUAUAAAAUUUGCAUAAAUGUUUUAUAUCGCAUUUGAACCAUACAGCUGCCUAGCAACACUGACAACCUAACAAAAUGAAGAGUGUUUUGCAUGGGCAAUGUGCGUGGUUUUGUUUCUGCAUGUACGUCAUGCCGGUAAGCGUGAAAUAGUUUCUGCAGACGUUCUCUAGUUGGUACUGUUUUUAUCAAGCGAGUGAAAUAAUUGUGAGCACAAUGCGAAAGCAAUGUGCUUGCUGUACCAUUGGGUGCCAGAGCAUGUGGACCAAGGAGAGUUCAGCAUGGUGCACACAUGGCUUCAGAAUAUUUCAGAGCAGACACAUUGGUAACCACGCACUGCUUGACGUCACACAAGCAAUGCCAAAAUGUGGGAGGGUACGCUCUGCAUGCGGCUAGGGCUGAAGGUGCGCUCCGGAGCUAGCCACAUACAGUCAUUCCGUAGUACUUCCCAACCUGUAGAGCGGCUAAUCGCAGCUACGUUGUGUUGGGGUGAAUAAGACAAUGAGCAGCAACAGCUCUAACAAUAUUUAUUGCUGCGCGCAAUAAGGUCCACGCUGUUAAAAGGUAAUAUAAAUAGGAAGGUUCACGUCCAAGGUCGGGGAGCCAGAGAGAGAAUGUCUCCUCUGGGGACGCUCUUUUAUAUGUUUUUACCUUCGCGAGGGGAAUGUCCUCCUCGCAGGCCGGAUACCUUUCCCUUUCCCGAGAGUCUGGGAGAGGAAAGAGUAACGGGAAAACUGGGAGAGGCCAUAGUGUACCUUCCCUGUGACGGCCCGCUGGGUCUCGAUGCGUUCGCAACACGCGAUUCACAUCAGUGUGAAUAUGCAGGAGGAAAUGGGCGCGCGUGCUCUCAACAAAUGGCACUCACUGUCAGUGGGAGGGGUUUAGAGGCAGCUAUUUCAAAUCGAAAUUUUGAGUUCAAACGUGCGCUGAGAAGAGCCCAGUUUUUUUGUUGGUAUAACCAUAUUGGCUUCUUACUCUCAGUCACAAUGAUAAACUCAGAAUGGGUGAACGACCAUGUCAUGGCCCCUCUAAGGGAAAUCAUUGCUUUAUUUUAGUUUACAUUUUUGCUUUAUACCUAAGUUGGUGCAAUGAAUACCACAAUUCAGCAUUUGUAGCUCACAUGAGAUAAAUGCAAAGCCAACUAAUUUGUUAUUUAGCUUAAUAAGAGCUCCAAUUACCAGGAGCAUGCGAAAAGCUGGGCGUGCUGCCAGCAGGGUACACAUUUUUUCCAAGCUUGUAUGCAGUUGAGAUUUUAACUUCUUUUUUUUUUCUUUUUACAUUUUUGCUGUUACUGUUAGGCUGUGAUAAAAUAUGAUCAUGCAGAAUCUUCAUGCUAUUUCUACAAGAUUUACUCAAGAGUUCUUUUCUUUCUUGUUCUUGUACCUUGUAUAAUGUCCCGGUGUGUGCACUAUAUAAUUAUGGGCCCAAAGAAUGUAUGUGUGUUCAGACGGGCAUAAUAUUUGCAGUUUGUCAAAAAAUGCUGGCAUUUUCGCAUAGAAUCAAUAUGUACUACAAAGCACGAUUAACCCCAUACUACUAUUAGUGGUUUGGAAAUAUUUUCAGCCAAAUUAACCUGUAAUCCUGACUAGGUUGUCAGAUGAAAGCUAAUAUAUGCUUUCAAUACGAAUAAUGCAUAUUUUACUUUGCUUGGUUGUGUUGCAGCAGAUGGAAGUGGUGUGUACUGUAAAUAUGUCCUGCCAAUCUGACUAUAUGCCGUAUUUUAUGCACUACCUGUUCUGCAACUUGCCUUUUGGUGUUGUGAAAAAUUGUGCACGUCUUGGCUUUCAGAGUUUAUAACUUUUCAUGCGUGCUUUUUUAGGCUGUGAGAUAUGCCUGUUCGAACCGUCGCACCUUAGCUUAGUGAGGCGCCCUACUUUGUUUGGUUUUAAUCCACUGUUAGAAAAGUUAGUGUUGGGAGACACCAAGCCUUUUUGUCUAAGGAGGGUUCCCUUCAUGUUUGGAUAAAGAAUUUCCGAGUGCUUCUCAAGAGCCACUGAGGUAUGCUAUCGCACAGGGCUUGAAAGCUGCUUGCAGCAUGUGUUUUGUGUUGAUGUGCAUACUAUGCAGACGCUAUUUUUGUACAUUGUGGCAGGCAAUAAAAGGUGCUUUACCGCUUGUACCAUAGAAUGUCUGGAAGAAAUGUCUGUUUAGUCUCUUGUUAUUUGCAUCUGUUCGAAGAUUCAUUAAGUAGGAAAGUUGCUAUACUAAUGCAUGGAGAUGUAAAUGCACAUAAAAUGCCAAGACAGGAUGCAGUUUCAUUCAGUUCAUUUGCUUUUGUUUUCAAAGCAUUUCUGGAAGGUUCUGGGUUAAAAGCUGUCUUCUACAGCCUUACGGCA